AUGGGUAUCUUUGGAAAGCGUCGUGAGCCCGCGGCGACCGCCCCUGCCAGCGGCCACGCCAACGGCCACCACGGAGUCGCCAACAACAAGCGCCGCACCGCCGAGCCGUACACCAUGUCCCGCCGUCCUACCUUUGGCCAGUGGCUCAAGGGAACGCUCCUCGACAUCAUCACCAUGAUCUGCAUGGGCGCCCUCGGUCUCGGUAUCUACAUGGCCCCUCCAGCCCCGAGCCGCUCCUUCGCCGUCACUUUCGCCGACGGCGAGGUCGUCUACCCUCAGUUUGCCUACCCCAUGCGCAACGAGAUCAUCCCCAUCUGGCUCGCCGCCUUCCUGGCCUCCGUCAUCCCCAUCUGCAUCAUCCUCCUCAUGCAGAUCCGCAUCCGCUCCUUCUGGGACGUCAACAACGCUGUCAUCGGCCUGCUCUACUCCCUCAUCUGCGCCGCCGUCUUCCAGGUCUUCAUCAAGUUCCUCAUCGGCGGCCUGCGCCCCCACUUCCUCGAGGCCUGCCAGCCUGAUCUGUCCCGCGUCACCGCCAACCAGGGCGGCAUCGCCCGCACCGGCUACAGCGCCGCCGGCUUCCAGUCCCUCUACGUCACCAAGGAGGUCUGCACCGGCGACCAGAAGGAGAUCAACGACGCUCUCGAGAGCUUCCCCAGCGGCCACACCACCGCCGCCUUCGCCGGCCUCGGCUAUCUCUACCUCUACCUCAACGCGAAGCUCAAGGUCUUCUCCGACUACCACCCGGCCAUGUGGAAGCUCAUCGUCACCUACAUCCCCAUCCUCGGCGCCGUCCUCAUCGGGGGCGCCCUCACCAUCGACGAGUUCCACAACUGGUACGACGUGUUCGCCGGCGCCGCCAUUGGCACCACCUUCGCCUUCUCCGCCUACCGCAUGACCUACGCCGCUGUGUGGGACUUCCGUUUCAAUCACAUUCCCCUCAACCGCGGCCAGCCCUUCUCUUACGGUGCCGGCGCCGAGCUCUACGAUGCCGUCUUCACCCGCAAGGCCGGCUGGGGCAACCGCGGCUCCGGUGGCAUGAUGCACGGCGCCGAGAAGCACUUGGGUCACGGUCAAGGCGCCACCACCGGCAUGCACGGCACCGGUGUCAACGAUUAUGGUGAGCCUGUUGGCUCCCGCAAGCCCGUCGGCUCCGGGGCGCGUCAUCCCGAUGCGAUGGUCUAA